GGUGAAGGACUUUCUGAGUGAACGGUCUCUCCGGGUCGUCGUUGAUGGCUGCUCAUCCAAUACUACUGUGGCGACUAACGCCGGUGUUCCUCAGGGGUCCGUUCUCUCCGCAACUCUCUUCCUGCUGCAUAUAAAUGAUCUGCUCAUUCCCGGUGUCUGUGGGUAUGCAGAUGACAGCACAGUUUUGGAGAGAUACCAAACAAGCGCCCGGGCCAGUCGGGAUUAAAUCCAGUCAGAAAGAGAGGCUAUGGUUGAGCGUGUGAGUCUCACACCACAGGCAGUCUCCGAAUGGGGCGAUGCCAAUCUCGUGAGAUUUAACGCCUCCAAAACACAAGCGUGUCUUUUUACCGCUAAAAGGAGCCUGCUCACCUUGACUCCAACUUUCCGGAAUGUAUCCUUGGAGUACACUGACCGCCUUCAGUUGCUAGGGAUUGAAUUUUCUCCGAACCUAAACUAUGGGCGGUUCAUUGAGUCCAGAGCCAAAGUAGCCGCAAGGAAACUUGGUGUCCUUGCAAGAGUGCGGCGGUACUGCACGCCGGGGCAGCUUCUUACCUUAUAUAAAGCGCAAGUCAGGUCGUGCAUGGAAUACUGCUAUCACAUAUGGGCUGGUGCUGCAAAAUGCCACCUGGCAGCAUUGGACUCAAUGGAGAGACGUGCUAAGAGACUCAUUGAUGACCUUGAUUUGGUUGAAACCAAUCUUCAAUCUUGUCAGCCUCGAGCACAGGCGCAGAGUAGCCAGUCUCUCGGCAUUCUAUAGGAUGCAUUUAGGUGAGUGUGCGCAGGAAUUACACGCCUUAAUUCCUCCCUCUCCUUUCCACCAUCGGACAAUCAGACGGUCGGCGGGUCUUCAUCCCUUUAUUGUAGAUAUUCCACGCAUUAGAACCAACCGGUUUGCUUCGUAUUUUGUAAUGCGUACAGCAAAGGAGUGGAAUAAUUUGCCGGCGUCUAUCUUUCCGUCCGAAUACAAUCUAGGCGUCUUCAAGGCAAGAGUGAAAAGGCUUUUGUUACGAUAAGACAGUGCGAUUUACCAUCUAAGGCUGCAUCACCACUUACCACCAGGUGUGAUUGUGGUCAAGCACUGGCUUAUAAUAAGCAAAAAAAAAAGUGCUAACUCUGUAAUAUCUUUAAGUUUUGUUAAAGUUAAAUCUGAAUUGACACUUUGUUGUCUAAUAAUUCUUUUCAUUUUUGCCCAAGCCAACUCAAUUGGGUUGAGAUCACACAUAUACGAUGGUAAUCUAACUACGACAUGGCCAUGGCUCCCUAUGAAUUGAUCUUUUUUAAACGUUUCUCUAGGCUUAUGCAAAUCUGUUCUAAUUUAUUUAACCAUUCCUACAUAUCUGUAUGGUGCAGGUCCUAGUGGGGACUUUAUUUUUUUGUACACUGUGAUACGAUACGUUAUCUAUUACGAUGACGUUGUUUGGUGGUAGGUUAGUUUUUGGUCCAAUAGAAUCUCUCUAUAAAACGAUUAUCCAUUUUUUUAUUGGUUAGUAUGGGCCCAUAAAAAACAAUUAAUGUGGCAGUUUUUGUAACACUCGGGGACGACACAAUACUUAUAUGACAAUUUUAGUCAAAAACUAGCUGUUCCCCGCGACUUCGCUCGCGUGUUAGGGUUUUUAUGUUUUUGCGCGGAACCCUAAUUCUUUUUCUAUAAUUAAAAAUUUAAAAUUUUGUACAGCCGAUUAAAUAUAAAUUAUUUAAGAAUAACUCAAAAACUAUUGGUCUGACCUUGAUCAAAUUCAUAUGGGACCACACGAGAACUAUCAGCUCUCACUUAAAAAAAAUCAUCAAGAAUCAUCGAAAUCGGUUCACCCAGUACAAAGUUAUGAGGUAACACACAUAAAAAAAACAUACAGUCGAAUUGAGUACCGUUUCCUUUUUGGAAGUCGGCAGAAAAUAAAAGUAGCCUAAGUUACUCCUUAUGAAAUCUGCUACCUGCCAGUGAAAGUCUCGUCAAAAUCGGUCCAGCCGUUUCUGAGAUUAGCCGGGACAAACAGACAGACAGACAAAAAUUUAAAAAAUUGUAUUUUAGUUAUAAGUACCGUAUUUGCUUUAGUAAAAAACUGUAAUUUUGACAUUACAAACAGACACUUCAAUUUUAUUUAUUUGUUAUAAUAAUCACAGCGGGGAGUGACCCGUUUGGAAUUGCGAUCAGAAUAGUAAGUUCCCAUAUAGUGCGCGGCGAGAAGCGAGUAAUGACGUCACCGCGCUCUCUCCGGACGACCGAAUUUUGAUAAGAUCAAGGCGCGGGAAAGCACUUUAGUUUUCAUUAUUUCUGCCAUUUCUAGGGGUUCCGUAGUUACACAACUAGGAACUCUUAUAGUUUCGCCAUGUUCUCAUUCAUUCGCCAUCCGUCCGUCCGUCCGCGCUUUUACUCCUACGUGCUACAAAUCUGUAAUUUGGCAUAGUUAUAAAUAUUAAUCACGUCUACAAACCUGCCUGCCUUAAAUAACAUUUUUAUUUUGGUACCUCCCAUACAAGUAAAUGGAGGAUGAUUUCUUUUUACUGGUGGUGGGUCGUUGUCGAAUUUUUGACGGACAAAACGCAACCGUUUUCCCGACGAAAACGGACUUAAAGGACGAAACUUAUUCAACUUGGAAUAUAAUUGCGUUUUCGUCGAAUGAAAUGGUUGCAGUUUCUUACAACUAGAUAAGGACUGUUUUGUCUGUCUACGGUUUUAAAAGAACGCGGCACCAAAGAUGAACGCUAAGGACGACGAGAAGUGAGAUAGAUAGUUGAAUCAUUGCGUUCUCAACUGUAUUUUCAUUGGCGUAAAAUAAAAAAUUGCACCAAGUAAUUCGAAGACCGGUUUGUGCAACGAAGACUGUUUGAACCCAGGACGCAAAACGGUUUCAUCGUCACAGAACACAAAACGGUUUUUGUAAACGGUUCGUCGUCGCAACGCCCACAACUACUUUUUACCCGUAUAUUCCAUAUUGUAAACUGUAAAAAAACAAACAUUUUGAGAAGAAAACUACUUAUAUGCAUUACUAAUAUAGCUUUACUUUUUCAUUUGCGGGAUAGGCAGGGAGGAUCUUUCUUACUUACUUACUACUUUAACUUAUUUUUUUAGUUGGUAGUUAUUGUAGGCCUCAUUUAAAAUUUAUACAAUCAUAUAGCUUCAUAAAGUUUCAUUGAAGUUUACGUGAAUCUUCGUUACGGUCAUAUAAUUAUGUGUAUCUUAGGGUUGUACUGCCGGAAAUGUAUAUAUACAUAGUCUAUUACGAUCAUCUUUGGACUUACUUGGCAUGUGAAUGAUUUUAUGUAAAGAAAUUUAUGGAAAGUUUAUUUAAUCUUUUCUGAAUAGCACUCCCUAUACUUAAGUCACAUUUGAAAAUAAGUCCUUCAGUUACGAUCUUCCUAUUUGGGUCCAUUUUUAGUCGUUAUAGCGGUCAAACCGCGAACUCACUUUUAUACUUAUUUUGAACUCAUUUAUUAUGGCCAUUUUUUAAGAUAAGAAAAAAUAAAAACAAUUUUUUUUUGGAAUCUAGUUUUGUAAUAAACACAACAAAAAUCUUUGGCCUUGUCAAUUAUUGAAUAUCAUUAUAUUAUUAUUAUAUAAUUAUUGAUAUUGUUACCAAUAUAUUGAUGACUACCUAGUCACUCCUGUAUACUGAAUGAUAAUUUUACAACCUAAAAUAAAAAAAAAAUUCAAAUUCAAAAUUAAUUAAUCUAAAUUUUGUUUUAUGUAUUUCAAUAUAUAGCACAGUCAAAUAUUGUAGCAGCAUUAACAUCAAGAUAUUUUUCGAGGAACCACAAUAAACCUGGUAUAAUGGUUGACUCUAGAAGAGUAGUCAGUUAUGAAGAUAUGCUGAAAGUUAUUCAUCAGCCGGAGAAAGUCAUUAUUGAUGUAAGAAAUGUUGAAGAAAUAAAUGCUACUGGAAAGAUACCCUCAAGCAUAAAUAUCCCAUUGGGUGAAGUACAAAACACCUUGGAGUCAAUGUCAGAAGAGGAUUUUAAAAAGCAAUUUCAACGUAGGAAACCAUCUACGUCCGAUGAGUUGAUCUUCUAUUGUCAAUCAGGGCGACGAUCUUCUGAAGCCCUCGACAAAGCGCUGAAACUUGGGUAUUCAAAUUCCAAGACAUACCUAGGCAGCUGGAAUGACUGGUCUAAGAGGCAACGUUAAUAUAUUUUAGGUUUAAGAUGUUAAUAAAAUGGUGCUUGGC